GGUUUACGGAGGGAGGAAAAAAAAUCUGCAAAGGGGUCAGCUGCGGAGUAAACAUACAAAUGUGUAGCAGUUAUUCUAAUUGUCAGCGCUUUGUGUAUCAUUUUUGAUAACCAUCAUGACGACGGAAGAAAAGUUCCACGCAGCAGUGGAGGUUAUCCGCGGGUUGCCGAAAAAUGGGUCAUUUCAACCGUCGCACGACCUUCAACUCAAGUUCUAUGCCUACUACAAACAGGCUACCCAGGGACCAGUGGCUGAAUGUAAAGUUCCUAAACCAAGGUUUUGGGAUAUCGUAGGAAACGCAAAAUGGGAUGCCUGGAUGAAGCUGGGUGACAUGUCUAAAGAAGAAGCAAUGCAGAAAUAUGUGGAAGAGCUUGUGAAGGUUAUUAAACAGUUAGGAGAAAAGGCAUCCCAAGAUCAGAUCGUGGAAGCCAUGUCCUAUACGGAGAAUGUGGCAAAAUUCAUGGAUCUCCUUGGACCACUCUUCGAGGGAAUGCCCCAGAAAGACGAAUUCCUCACCAGGCUCAACGGAAACAGAGAAUCGGAGGAUGACAUCGAAACUUUGGACGUUCCUGAAGAAGAAUCACAUACAUGCACAAAAGCAGUAAAUGGAGCACAGGACAAGAAAGCUGCUGGAAAUUCGCAAGUGCCUGUGAAUGGUCACGAAUCGUCCUAUGAAAGCGAAGAGGAAUUCUCUGACACAUACGACCAUAUGGGAGAGGAUGAUGGAGACAGUGCAUCACCCCUACCAGAAGCUUCCUCGAUUGAAAACACAGUGGGAGAAGCACUUCAGAACGGCACGGAGAGGGUGCUGGUACACGAGAACGACAGCCAGUUGUGGGCAUUUUACGCGGAAAAGAAGAAGGUCAACGGAGAUCUGCCAAAUGCCAGGGGAGGAGGAGACGAGAGGCAGCAACGGUCUGGUGGGCCCCUCGGCGGGGUUCCACCAGGGGGAGGCCGGCACAACCGAGGCUACCGUCGAAGAGAUGGCGACAUUGCUGCUGACAAUGUACCGGCGAUGCCAGGUGCACCGAACCGUUACUACGGUGGUGGCGGAGGCAACAGCGGUGGUGGCAGCGGAGGAAGACGACACCUGCCCAUGGAAGUGAGUGAGCAGCUGGCCAUAGCUGUACUGAGGCUCCAACACACUAUGGAUGAGGUAGUGGCACGUUUGGAAGCCCUUGAGACCCUCCUGCAGCAAUCAAAGGCCCAGCAAAACCAACACUGGUGGUUGUUUGGCAACAUCCCACCGCACAUCUUGUUGGUGAUUCUCUCAUGGCCCAUCGCCUUACAAAUUGGCCUGUACAUCCUUCGGAGACGUUCUCAUAGGCGUGGACUCCACUGACCUAGCUGCCCUGCAUCACCAGCAAACAACCAUUGCAGUGCAGACAUAGCGCACACUAGCACACAAGUUCCAUGAGGCCACAGGACCACCAGGUGCGCAGCAUCCAAGCUUCACCAUUUCUGUGCAAUUCGAGGCACGUGCAAUCGUGUACAAGUGUUCCUUAUGGCGAAAAAGAAAGUUGUUUAUAUGUUUGCUGUGAACACCUCCCGUGUAAUUUACACACACUCCUGCCUUCUAGCAGUUGCAGAACAUCAUAGAAGCGUGCACCAUUGUGCGUAUUGCUCUUUCAGCAUUUUCACACUGAUUUCAACAUUCAGUGAAAUUAGGGGCUGCGAAAUGUAUAGUCUUGCGGUGCAUGCUGUGCUAAGUUCCUGCAACGAAAUUGCAUGUUGAAAGUUCAGAGUUGCUUCAUAGGAUGACGUGAAGAUAAUUUAGAGCAAGGCCUGUAAAAUCAUUUUGUUUCAGGUGUUCACCCCACCCCCAUCAAUAAGCAGCUAUUGUAAUCGGUAGACCCUCUCAUAUGGUCUCCCAUUUACCACAUUCCAGAUUUGGUUUUUGUUACACCGUACAUAUCCUUGGGAUAAAAUUUUUGUGGUGCUUGCUGUGCGAGUAAGCCUGAAUAUAGCUCAUGCUAAGCUAUGUGUACAAGUACAAUGAUUUCUUGUUACAUACUAAACAGUUACUAAAUCAUCUGUAUUGACAGCCCGUUAUUAUUUUGAACUCAUUGAGAAAACCUUGUUAAUACUGUCUACUAGUCCGACUUCCUUAUUAAGUUUCUGCUGUACAGCUGGGAAACCCACUUCAGUGUCUUGCCCCCUUGAGAUUACUUUUAGUUAGAGCUGUGCGAAUAGCAAAAUUUCCAUUGCGAAUAGUUUACGAAUAUUUCACUUGCACUGCGAAUCGAAUCUGAAUAAUUUCUUCAGACGGCGAAUCGAAUUCAAAUAAUCAGAAAAGGCCCAAUUCGAAUAAUUUCAACUACCUCAUGGUGAAAUAUUUUGUGCUCAUUAUAUGAUGUUGUGCUCCAAACUCGUGCACCUUUUCACCCAGCAUAACGUAUGGUGAGAGAAGGGUCCCUCUGUGUUGUGUAUGGUAGACUGCAUUAGUGGGAUCAACUGCAUUGAGAGUUAGUCAACAUGUUCCAUGCAGCCUGCUUCGUGUGCAUCUCUUCAUUUCUAUGUUUACAUUGUGAAUUUCCUGCGCUUUUUUUAGGAACUGCACUUACGUAUUUCCAUCUAUUGCUGAACAUAACUCCAAAAGAUGGGAAUACAUUUAUUGGAACAUGCAGUGCCCAGGGUACAGUUUUGACCAUGAGCUCACGGAAGUUGUAGACUUUAGUGACUUUAUUGUUAACAGUGUAAAGCGGGGUUCACCUAACUCCCGAGUGUAAUUAGGUGAAGCCGACUUGCAGAAUGUAGCCACGCACCAAAAGAACAAUGGCGGUGACGUGAAGUGGGCUCCACCUAACUCUUCGACGUAGUGAGGUGAAGCCCACUUGCAGAACGACGAUGGUGAUACCUCGCGUCAGUACUGUUCGAAAAAUAUUCACAAAUUUCGAAUACUGAAAAUAGGUUGAGAAUAGCAUUCGAAUAGCAUCGGAUAUUCGUUUCACAUUCGAAAUUUUUAAUAUUUGCACAGCUCUACUUUUAGAGUAUGAUUCCUGUAUUUCCAUUUUACUUUUUUUGUUUGUACAAACACUCUUAUUGCUAAUUGUGUACAGUACAUGUAAUGUUGGAAACACUGCAAGGUGGACGUGGUUGAAAUCAAUUUAAUAUUUUUGUUACGUGCGAAUUUCUUUUCAAUUCGAUAUUCGGGGCAAAUACCAGUGAAUCUUCUCAAAUAGCUUCCAGUGGUGGUGACCGUAGUUGGUUCGUGGAGUAAUUUUGCCGUCCAAAGUGUUUUUUAACAUUAUGCUGGCACAGCAUAUUCAAUGCCAUAUCUCUCGAGAGGACAACACGUCUAAUCGACCUGUACCAUGCCUCCCAAUUGCUUGUGUCGACCCUGUAGCUAUUGGAGUGACAAGCAAACACAUUACCAGUUCAUGCAUUGAGGCCAGCAGGGUUAAGCUUUGGAUAGUUGAGCAGUGUUGAGACAGACACUGUACAAAAUACUUUGUAUUAAAUAGUAUUUGAGUCAUUUAGUCAGCGUGUUUAGCACAAGAAUGUAUUCUUGUACGUUAAAUGCUUUGAUACAGAGCAAGUAAUUCCUGCUAGGUUGGAAGGGAUAUACCCCAGCCUAACAGUGCAGUUCGAAAGGAACUUUGCCAGAAAGAGCAAAGCCACAAAAUGAUGAACAUGGAAAGCUCAUUUAGGAGUCCUCUGUGGUAUGCGUGGCACAUGUCGUUAUCAAAGCAGCGCCCACAGGCUGACAACGAGUAAGGCAAAAGAAGCUAUGGCUAGUUGAAAUUUGCAGAUUAACGCCAACCACUGUCCUAUGGCCAACUAUGCAUCAGUGGGGUCAUCUUGUGCAUAUGUCACACUCUGCAUCCCUGUCCGUGGCAGAUUUUUUUCACCAGUAGGUGUAGCUUCUCUCAAAAAUAUUGCUGACUGCUGAAUUAUUUCAUCGUAGUCUGUAGUAAAUAUGCCACUGUAUAUGAGUGGUAAGGAGAAGCAAGGUGUCACGUGUUUUUGUUAGCGGCGAUUGGCCCGAGGCUCAAUCUCUUUGAAGCAGCUCGACAGGUUUUUGCUGUGUGGCCAGCUCUCACCAACUCGGUUGGUCCUCGUAUGCGGUAUCUGCUAGCUCGUACAAAGUUACAUGAGUUGGUGAAAAAUGUAUAAGGCAUAUACAGUCGCCGACCGAUUUUUUGGACUUCAAGGAGCCACAAAAUCAGUCUGAAUUUUUAGACAAAGGCUUAAAUCUUCUAUGUUUUUUAUCGCUCACACCGGCUUGAAAUAACUGUCGACAGGAGUUUGCUUCAGCGCGCGUAAACAGGCUAACGCAUCAGGGCAAAUUUCUGCUAGCAUAGCCUUGUUGUGAUACACUUCCAUGAGUUUCCAAGCUUCCAAGCUUUGCCUUCAUGCAUGCGCUGGGUCGGCACGCUUCCCUUCGUGGCACGGUCCGAAAUAUUGAGUCCCAAAACGCACUGCAGUGCAUCUACUCUGGCUCUUGGAAGACGAAAAGUUUGAAAAAAACCGGGCAUGCUCGGAGCGAAAUGAGUAUAAAAAAGAGGGCAGUCCAUCCGAAACACAGUCAGAAAUAUUGGAAACGGAAACACAUUGGCUGUAUGGGACGUUUGACGGUGCCAAGAGGUUUGUCCAAAAAUUGGAAAGCCUGAAUUUUUGGAGUCCGAAAUAUCGUUCUGCGACUGUAUAAGCACAUUGGGUAUAAGGGAUACCAAAGGACAGUAACUGCUUUUGUUGCACAACUAGCCAGAUAGGGUCUGUUGAGCCAUGCCAAGCCAGCCCAUUGUGCCUGAUUGUUUUAAGCUCUCCCUAUAAAAUUUAUUAAAAAUUAAAACUCUGUUGGCAUGGAGAAACUCUACAAGUGUAGUCCCACAUGAAACUUAAGAAGUCUAAAUAUCUGCAUAACGAGCAUAAUACCGUAAUUUCACACGUAUAAGCCGCACCGCAGAUAAGCCGCAGGAGGCGUUUUUAGGAUAAUUUUGAAAAUUUUCUGGCAGAUAAGCCGCGGGUAAUACGAGACGAGUUAUUUGUGCGCCAAAGGAGACCAUAGAGAAGGCCAUAAAGCCUGUGGUCAAUAUUCCGGGGUCGGCGUGGUGUAGAACAAAGGAGGUCAGCUCUAUAGAGGUCUACUAAGAUCGGAUUGUGCCCUUGUUGGGCGUUUUUCAUGGAUUGAUGGGUCAGUGGUCUUCCAGAAGACGUGAAUCAUGUUACCACUUUCGUUAAAGCUGCUUGGGGGAAUGCACCAGGAAGAACAAUCUACUCGAAUGUGGAUCCGUCCCUGUUACGCACUCUUCGUGCAUCGGCACGGCAGUGCUGUUUCAGAGACACUGUCGACCCUUUUGUUAAAACCGGCGUAUGGGGAAAAUACCAGGAAAAAAAGAGUCAUCAGAUAAUCCGCACCGGUGGAUAAGCCGCAGAACGCCCGUGAGAAGAAAAAAAUUGCACAUAAGCCGCGGCUAAUACGCGUGAAAUUACGGUACUUUGAAAGUUCUGCAAAUCAACACUCGAGUUUUAAACAUUUAAGUGUCUUGUUAUGCACAAUUCUGAUCAUUAUGUUGGAAUAUUUGUGCCUAGCUGUACACUGUUGUGGGUAUUGCUUUAAUGUGCUGUUGGUUGGUCAGGAGAUGCUUCCUGAUGUCGCUUCGAGUUUGCUGACAGCAGUGAAUUGUGUAUCACAGUUCACGAAAAGUGAGAAUUUCCCAGGAAUGAGGUUAGUCUCUAAAAAAUCCCAUGCUACAUAAAUCAAAGAGCAUGGUUGCAUGCACUGCAUGCUUUUACAAAAGUCUUCGUCUGUGACGUUGAAUCUCCCACAGACAUAAACCAUGUUUUAUCUAAUCCAACUCAGCAUGAAGAACAAAAUGCAAGUAUAUAUGACAACAUGCAGGUCGUACAAACACAGUUGCUAAGUACCAAGGCCUUGUUGACCAGUAUUAUGAGGCUGCGGAGGUUAUUCUGGUAAAAAAAAAAAAGUCCAAGCCACACUGAGCCCAGAGUCUGCAUUUUUUCAAAAAGUGUAGCACAAAGUGAAUAGCGAUUUAUAGCAGACAGAAAAAUAUAUAUUUUUUACCAUCGCACAACUGUGAUACCUAUUCUGUGUAUAUAUAAGAAAUGUUUGAAGAGAGUUGAUAGGGCAUAAAGUUGUAAAGAUGUGUCUUGGACAGUGGUUUUUAAUUUGAUACGUACUAAUUGUGGUGGAAGUACGAGUAAACGUAUUAGUAUUGUGAAAAAGGUUGUAUCAUGAUUUAAUAAAUGAUUUGUACCAGCA